AUGAAGCCAAUGCUAAUUAUUAUUGGACAACAUGGAAUGGGUUUAGAUGUAUUACAAUUUUUCGCUCAAAAACUCGUAGACAGCAAUACAUCUAUUCCCUCUACUGCUCCCAAAGGACUACCCUUUUCCUAUAAUGAUCCUAGCAACGAUCAAGUUGCCCAUUGUUCCAAUGAAGGAUUAUCUCCUUCACACAUUGUUUAUCGAAAUGAUACCAUUAAUGAUUUAUAUAACAUUAUCAAUGAAAAAUCGAUAGUCAUUAUCAGGGCACCACCUUUUUCUGGUAAAACAUCCACUACUCAACUACUUGAAAUGUAUAUCGAGGCCAAUCAUCCCACCACAUAUGUUAGAAGAAUGUCUUUUUCAUGGUUACGAGGAAAUUCAUUUAAAUCGAAAUUUAUGGCCUAUGCUGGUUGUGAUAUUGAUUCCAUGGUAGAGAUAUCAAAUCAACACCAAGUUGUACUCAUUUUCGACGAGGUUCAAUUAACAUACCCCAAAGACUUUGUAACAUUUAUCAAAGGUGUUCUGGGCAAAUGUCCAAAUAUAUUCAAAGUAUACAAAUUGGCAUAUGAUAAUGAACAAUUAGUGGAUAUAUUGUGGAACUACACAAGAGGACAUAUUGGUUUGUUAAGUUUGACGGUCAAUGAAUUAGCUAAAAAAUACACGAAAAAGACCCCAAUCGAGGAAAUCCGUAGUUAUUUGGUUUCAAAAGAAUUCUUUGAUAUAGAGUCACGUGCAUACCUUGAUUCUACACCAGAGGAAACUGAACUUUUAAAACAAAUUGUGAUGUGUACUUUUUUGGGCAAUCACUUCUCAUCACCAUCCAACAAUUUAAUUGUUGAUAAUUUGAUCAAAAAAGGAAUUCUAAUGAUCUCAACAGAAGAAAAAGGAACAGUUGGUUUUGCGUGUCCCCUCCUCGUUUCCAAGUAUUACAUUUCUCUCUUUGCAUCCCCAACUUCUGAGAGUUAUGUACCAUCCGAUAUAGGUGAUUUCAUAUACAAGGUUUUGUCAAGAAUGAGAACAUCUAAUCUAAUCGGCUCGAAAAAAGCAACUCAACAUGGAAUAAGAGAACAACUUCCACUUGAAUAUCUCUGGCAAAAUGAGUUUUAUUUUGCUGCAACCUCCUUGGUUGGUAGAAACUAUUUCAUCUGCCCUUCUGUUGGACCAUGCUUUGGUUCAAGUGGAUUCGUCGAUUUCUAUGUUAAUGGUGAAAAAAGAUGGGCUAUAGAACUCAUGCGCGAGGUAAUCCCAUCAACAAUGAACGAUCAUUAUGAAAGAUUCCUCAAAGGUGAUCAAAGGAUUGAAAAGAAAAAUAAUAAUAAUUUUCAUAAUUUCAGGCACAUCAAAUAUAAUCAAGAUUUUACUCAAUUCGACGUGAAAACUCAGACAACUUCAAUUCGAGAUUUCCAAAUCACACUUCACAAUGGAGUAACUACUAUGAUGAUUAUAUGUAGAGAAUGCAUUCAAGAUUUAUGGAGUGGUAAAGAAGAUAGAAAUGAAAAUGGAAUCAUAUUAUUUCACGAGGUUCACAGACGUCUGUUUUUUGUUCAACAAAAUUCUUUUUUUACCCUAUCUAUAUACACUAUAUAUAAUAUAAAUCUCUCUCUCUCUCAAAGAAUGAAACUCCAGUCAUUGUUUGUACUCUUCACUAUUGCAUUGUUGGCAACAUCGUUUAUCAGCACUGCAACUGAAGAUGAAAAAGUUAUAGGUGAUGUCAUUGGUAUUGAUCUUGGUACCACCUACUCUUGCGUCGGUAUCUUUAAGAAUGGUCGUGUGGAAAUUAUUCCAAACGAACAAGGUAACCGUAUCACCCCAUCAUAUGUCGCUUUCACCGACACUGAACGUCUUAUUGGUGAAGCCGCCAAGAAUCAAGCUACUUUGAAUCCAGAAAACACUGUAUUCGAUAUUAAGCGUCUUAUUGGUAGAAAAUUCUCUGAUCAAGAAGUACAAAAAGAUUUGAAAUUAUUACCAUACAAGAUCAUUUCAAAGGGUGAUAAGCCACACAUUGUUGUCAAGGUAAAGGGUGAAGACAAGACCUACUCUCCAGAAGAAAUCUCUGCCAUGAUCCUCGUCAGAAUGAAGGAGAUUGCCGAAGCCUAUUUGGGUCGUUCCGUCAAGAACGCCGUCGUCACUUGUCCAGCCUACUUUAACGAUGCCCAACGUCAAGCCACCAAGGAUGCCGGUACUAUUGCCGGUCUCAACGUCUUGCGUGUCAUCAACGAGCCAACUGCCGCUGCCCUCGCCUAUGGUUUCAAGACCACCGGCAAGGAAAAGAACAUUUUGGUCUACGAUCUCGGUGGUGGUACAUUUGAUGUCUCCAUGUUAACCAUUGACAAUGGUGUCUUUGAAGUAUUGGCCACCAGUGGUGACACUCAUUUGGGUGGUGAAGAUUUCGAUCAACGUAUGAUGAAGCAUCUCUUGGGUGUCUUCCAAAAGAAGACUGGCAAGAACGCUGAAAAGGACAAGAAAUCACUCCAAAAGCUCCGUCGUGCCUGUGAAAACGCCAAGCGUGCCCUCUCGACCUCGUCACAAACCCAAAUCGAAAUUGAAAACUUUUUCGAAGGUAAGGAUCUCGUCGAAACCAUGACUCGUGCCCGUUUCGAAGAACUCAACAUGGAUCUCUUCAAAAAGACCCUCGAACCAGUCAAGCGUGUCCUCGAAGACUCUAAGCUCAAAAAGGAGCAAGUCCACGAAAUCGUUUUGGUCGGUGGUAGCACUCGUAUUCCAAAGAUCCAACAACUCCUCAAGGACUUUUUCAACGGCAAGGAACCAAACAAGGGUGUACAUCCAGACGAAGCAGUAGCCUACGGUGCCGCAGUCCAAGGUGCCGUCUUUUCAAAGGAAGAAGAAGCUGAAGGUGUCGUCCUCCUCGAUGUUGCCCCACUCACCUUGGGUAUCGAAACUGUUGGUGGAGUCAUGACUCCAUUGAUCCCACGUAACAGCUUUGUCCCAACCAAAAAGUCUCAAGUAUUCUCUACCUACCAAGACAACCAAGACAAGGUACUCAUCCAAGUAUUCGAAGGUGAACGUUCCAUGACCAAGGACAACCACAACCUCGGCAAGUUUGAGCUCUCUGGCAUUCCACCCGCCCCACGUGGUGUCCCACAAAUCGAAGUCACCUUUGAGAUGGAUGUAUCCGGUAUCCUCCACGUGUCUGCCGAAGACAAGGGAUCUGGUGCCAAGCAAUCCAUUACCAUCACCAACGACAAGGAUCGUCUCACCCCAGAAGAUAUCGAGCGUAUGGUCCAAGAAGCCGCUGAAGCCGCCGAAGAAGACAAAAAGUUAAAGGACCGUGUUGAAGCACGUAACUCUCUUGAAAACUAUGUCUACCAGAUCAAGAACGCCAUCAACGACAAUGAAAAGAUUGGAUCAAAGAUCUCUGCCGAUGAAAAGGAAACCAUCGAAGCUGCCGUCAAGGAAACUUUAGAUUGGAUCGAAGCCAACUCAACCACUGGUGAAAAGGAAGACUUUGAUGCCCAAUACAAGGAACUCGAAAAGAUCGUCCAACCAAUCUUCUCCAAGCUCUACCAAGAAUCUGGAGCUGGUGGUGACGCUGGUGACAUGCCAUCUCACGAUGAAUUGUAA